UCUCAAAGAAAGGAAAUAUACUCCAAAACAUAAGAAAAAGAAAAUAAAAAUAAAAAUGAUAAAACGGGUGUAGGUUGUGGAGGAAAAGUAUAUACCACUGCUGUUCGUUUUGUUCCAUUCCACUCAUAAAGUAGAGAGUCGUCGGCCUCGUUCUUCCCCAUUUUUUCAGCCCACCGAUUUCUUCUCAAAUUCCAGUUGCGCUUUUUCUAGGGUUUUUGAGCUUUUCGAUUUCUGAAGUGUAAAAUGGCGAACAUAGACAUAGAAGGAAUCCUGAAGGAGCAACCGAAUGAUGGAAGAAUUCCAAAGACGAAGAUCGUUUGUACACUAGGGCCGGCUUCGAGGUCGGUUGUUAUGCUAGAGAAGUUGUUGAGAGCGGGGAUGAAUGUUGCCCGAUUUAACUUCUCUCAUGGUACACAUGAGUAUCAUCAAGAAACUCUUGACAAUCUUAAGAUUGCUAUGCACAAUACUCAGAUCUUGUGUGCUCUCAUGCUUGAUACCAAGGGACCUGAAAUUCGUACUGGGUUUUUGAAGGAUGAUAAGCCCGUCCAACUCACAGAGGGACAAGAAAUUACUGUAAGCACUGAUUACACCAUCAAGGGAGACACAGAGAUGAUCUCUAUGAGCUAUAAAAAGUUGGCUGUGGAUCUAAAACCAGGAAAUACUAUCUUGUGUGCUGAUGGUACUAUUAGUCUCACUGUUCUGUCUUGUGAUUCUGCUGCUGGAACAGUGAGGUGUCGUUGUGAGAACACUGCCAUAUUGGGUGAGAGGAAAAAUGUGAACCUUCCUGGUGUCGUUGUUGAUUUGCCAACCCUGACAGAGAAGGAUAUGGAAGACAUAUUGCAGUGGGGUAUACCCAACAACAUUGAUAUGAUUGCUCUGUCUUUUGUUCGGAAGGGCUCUGAUCUUGUUCAUGUCCGAAAGGUCCUCGGUCCCCAUGCCAAACAUAUACAGUUGAUGUCGAAGGUUGAGAACCAGGAGGGUGUGAUAAACUUUGAUGAGAUUUUACGGGAGACUGAUUCAUUUAUGGUUGCACGUGGUGAUCUGGGAAUGGAGAUUCCAGUUGAGAAAAUUUUCUUGGCGCAGAAGAUGAUGAUUUACAAGUGUAAUCUUGCUGGCAAACCAGUGGUAACUGCAACUCAGAUGCUUGAAUCCAUGAUUAAAUCUCCGAGGCCGACCCGUGCUGAAGCCACUGAUGUGGCCAAUGCUGUCCUUGAUGGAACUGAUUGUGUGAUGCUUAGUGGUGAGAGUGCUGCUGGGGCGUACCCAGAGCUUGCUGUCAAGAUCAUGGCUCGUAUAUGUAUUGAGGCUGAAUCAUCCCUUGAUUACGCGGCUAUCUUCAAAGAGAUGAUAAGGGCUACUCCCUUGCCUAUGAGCCCACUGGAGAGUCUUGCAUCUUCAGCUGUCCGUACUGCUAAUAAGGCCCAGGCAAAGCUUAUUGUUGUAAUGACUCGGGGCGGGACUACUGCUAAAUUGGUUGCCAAGUAUAGGCCAGCUGUACCAAUUCUCUCUGUAGUUGUCCCUGUCUUGACAACUGAUUCUUUUGACUGGACUUGCAGUGACGAGACCCCAGCGAGGCAUAGUCUUGUGUACAGGGGUUUGAUCCCUCUAUUAGCUGAGGGGUCUGCCAAGGCUACUGAUUCCGAGUCUACAGAGGUUAUUCUUGAGGCUGCCUUGAAGAAAGCAACAGAAAGGGGCCUGUGUAAGCCUGGUGAUGCUAUUGUGGCACUUCAUCGUAUUGGUGCUGCUUCGGUCAUCAAAAUUUGCCUUGUGAAGUGAUUGGUUAGACAAACUCUAGUCUGUGAUAAUUGGCCCAUUGAGUGGAUUGGGCUCACAAUGGUGGUAUGUCACCUUAUUUUGAUAAUGCUUUAAUCUAUGUAAUAUUUUGGCCAAAUUAUAUUUGGAGCACUAUUAGUUCUUAUCUUUAUGGUUUAUGGAUUAGUGUUUUGCAUCUCUAAAGCUAGAAAUAAAACCAAGGACAUAUUUCAGGCGCC